AAAAGCAGGAGAGGCGGAAGAAGAAGGCAGUGAUGUGAAGUUAAUGCAAUUCAGCGAAGUCGAGUCGUAUACGAAGAAAUAAAAAGGAAGCAAACAGACAUUGCCCUCUUUUAAACAAAACAGCAGCAUGUCAGACUCUUUAAACGCUUGCGGCUUGCUUGGUUCUUCCUCGCAGCUAGACCUGAUGGACGAGGAAACGAUUGACGAUAAGGAAUUUGACAUUCCCCAGGUGGACACACCACCUACGUUGGAAAGCAUCCUCAAUGAGCUGGAGGAUGAGGACGAAGCAUUUGUGCUGGAAGAUACCUGUGUGCUGAACACUGAAAAUGUUGAUGCUCAUUCCUGCGAUACCGCUUCUCUUGCCAGCUCUGACAGCGGGGACCCAGCACACCUCAAACGGAAGAAGAGGGCUGUGGAUCUGAAAGCGGCAGUUCAUGGAUCUGUUCUUCAGCACAGCAUGCUUCAGGGCAUCUCAGCACAGAUUGUCUCGGCUGCUGACAAAGUGGAUGCUGGAUUACCAACUGCCAUAACAGUUGCAGGUGUGAUUGUUGUGGGAACAUCUCAUGGUCUGGCUUUGGUCUUUGAUACCAACCAAGCUUUACGACUCUGUCUCAGUAACAAAGUAGCUGGAGCGGAGUUUGGCGCUGUUUCUGCCCUUAGCAUCAACAACGACUGCUCAAGACUUCUCUGCGGAUUUGCCAAAGGACAGAUUACUAUGUGGGAUCUUGCCAAUGGGAAACUUCUUCGAACUAUCGCUGAUGCACAUCCUCCGGGGACAGCAAUUCUGCAUGUGAAGUUCACGGACGACCCAACUCUUGCAGUGUGCAGUGACAGUGGUGGAUCGGUUUUUGAGCUGGCUUUCAGGAGAGUAAUGGGCAUGCGUUCCUGUGACUCCAGAUGUCUCUUCAGUGGUUCAAAAGGGGAAGUUUGCUGUAUUGAACCAUUGCGUUCGCCUCCUGACUUCACUGACCACCCGUUAACAAAUUAUUAUCUACUAGCUUUGGCUUCCCUCACAAAGAUUCUGGUUAUUGGACUGAAGCCCUCACUGAAAGUUUGGAUGACCUUUCCCUACAGCAUGUCUGAUCCAUCCAGCGUUCCACAACUGGCUUGGCAGUUUGUCGGCGUUGAAACAGCUGUUAACCCAAUCUUGGCUUUUUGUAAAGGAGAUACAGUCCAAUUUCUCAUGAUAAAAAGAGAGGAGAUGGGUGCGGUCCAUGUCAUCAAACAGCGGCAAAUUCAUCUCAGCUGCGACAUCAUCAGCUUGAAUUGGAUUAACAGUCGUACGUUGGCCCUGGUCGACAGCCAUGAAAAGCUACAUGUUGUAGACCGUCCCAGUCAGGAGAUUUUGGAGAUUCUGGACCUGGAGCAGGUGCAACUGGUCUACAACAGCCGACAUUUCAAAUCGCUGGCGACAGGAGGGAAUGUCUCCCAGGCUCUGGCUUUAGUUGGAGAAAAAGCUUGUUACCAGUCUGUUUCAAGCUAUGCGGGACAGAUUGUCUGUUUGGGAACCAAGUCUGCGCAUAUGAUGACUCUAAGAACCUGGAGGGAGCGGCUCGACUGUCUACUGAAGCAGGAACAUUUUGUUGAAGCUCUCUCUCUGGCCUGGUCCUUCCACAAGGGAACAGCUAAGGCUGUGGUUGGGCUGCAUGGAGAACCUUUGAAAAGAAAGGGAGUUGUUAGUGACAAGAUGGUAGAGAUCCUCUUCCAGUUUGCUGAACAUGCUCUAAAGAAGUGUCCAGAACAGGGGAGAAUCCAAGUGAUGGAGCAACAUUUUCAUGAUGUUGUUCCAGUCCUGAUAGAUUUCUGCCUGCUGCUACAUAGAACUGACCUGCUGUUUGACCAACUUUAUGCUCGGCUCAUGGAGAAUGUGGUUGCUAAGGGUGUUUUCCUGGAAUCACUGGAGUCAUAUAUUGUUAUGGACCGCCUUGGUCAGCUGCCAACACCCUUAAUGAAGGAUCUGUUGGCGCAUUACCACUGCAGUGGCUUGAUGGACAACCUGGAGAGAUGCAUUGUGCACCUGGAUGUCACACGACUAGAUAUACAACAGGUCGUUGAAGUGUGUUGGGAAAACCAGCUCUAUGAUGGUAUGAUCUAUGUGUUCAACAGUGGUAUGAAUGACUACAUUACACCCAUGGAGAAACUUUUUGCUGUAAUUGGUCCACCACUUCAGGAGGGGAGGAGCUUAACAGCUGAAGAAGUGGUGAUGGGAAACAAACUUUUGGUGUACAUCAGCUGCUGUCUUGCAGGAAGGGCGUAUCCCCUUGGUAACAUCCCUGAGGACCUUGUGGUUCAGAUCAAGAUUCAGGUAUUUGAGUUCCUGAUUCUUCUCCAUACUGCAGAGGCAUCAUCACAUGAGGAGCCUUACCCUUAUAUUCACACACUCCUCCAUUUUGACACUCGUGAAUUCCUAAAUGUUCUCGCCAUGACAUUUGAAGACUUCAAAAAUGACAAACAGGCCAUCGAGUACCAGCAGAGGAUCGUGGACAUCUUACUUCAGGUGAUGGUGGACAACCCAGACUUUACGCCUUCCCAGGUGGGCAUGCUCUUCACCUUUCUGGCCCGCCAGCUAUCGAAACCAGACAACACGCUUUUUGUAAAUAGAAAGUUAUUUGACCAGGUCCUGGAGUUCCUCUGCAAAUCAGAUGACGACUCUCGACAUACUGAAAGGCAGCAGGUGCUGCUGCAGCUACUCCAGGUCGGGGGUGUGGUCCAGUUUGAUGAAGGAAAGCUCUUGACUUUGGCAGAGGAAGCCAAAUUCUACCAAAUUCUGGAAUUUCUUUAUGAAAAGAAGCAUAUGUAUGACAAGACCAUCGACUGCUACAUGAAAGACUCCCAGAGGAAGGGUGAGAUCUUUGCUUACAUCCACCAACUGAUGUCGACAUCAAGUCCUACAUGUGAGGAGAAACAAAUGGUUAAGAAGAAAACACUGCAACAUAUACAGGAAUUGGUGACGAUCGACGCAAGCAAGUCAGCUGACCUGGUUGUGUGUCACUUUGUUGAAGAAGUGAAGCAAAUUAUCUCUGAGCUUCUGGAUGGUGAACUACUUUUCACAUUUGUGACCUGCUUCCUGGAGUCUUGGGAUCGUCAUCAUCCUGGGAGCACCCUUCCUCUGGAACAUGAGCUCCACAAGCUUCUUCUGGACUUGUUGUGCCGUUUUGCCCCGCAAGAGCUCCUGCACUUCCUUCAGACGUCACGACAUUACAGACUGGACGAGGCCAUACAAAUGACUGAGAAGUACCACCACAGUGAGGCUACAGGCUAUCUACUGGAGAAGAAGGGAGACUUUUAUGGAGCAUAUACAGUUUUGUUAGAGGCAUUAAAAGUGAAACUCUCUACGCUGACUGCCGACACCAACAGAGGGCAGAGUGAAGAUGAGGAAGGCAAUGAGUCGGCUGCAUUGGGCAGAGUACAGCGUUCGUUGAAUGACCUCAUUGCUUUGGGUCAUCGCAGCUCUCAGAAACUCCAGCAGCCACAAAUAAAGGAACUCUGGUUUUCAUUAUUGGAGACAUUGAUGGCACCUCAAAGACAAACGACAGCGAAACACAUAUCUGAAGUGUUAAAGGAGCUGACAAUGAGAGUUUUCAACAGUAUGAGUAGCUUUAUUUCCCUGCCUGCCAUCAUCCAGCUGGUACUGCAGGACCCCCUUUAUGGAGAAGGACAAGUUGCAGAGUUCCAUGGUCUUCUUCUUGGGAUGCUUGACACAUUCAACUAUGAACAGACAUUGUUUGAAACAACCACUCGUCUGUUGAAUCACGACCUCCACUGGUCGCUGGCUCAUCUGCGCACGGCUGUGACAAAGGGACUCCACCCAAGACAAGACUACUGUCACAUCUGCAUACAGCAGUACAAGAGAUGGCAGAACCCAACAGAAGAGAUCAUCAUAUUCAGUUGUGGUCACCCAUACCAUGUCCAGUGCCUGCAGCAGCACGACUGCGGGCUGAGCCAUGCUUCAGAGCAGCAACAGCAGUGGAGUUGCUAUAAGUGUUCUACCAGUCAUAGUGGAAGUAGCAGACAGUAUAUCACAGCGAAGAAAACCCGCAGCACAUCUCUUGCACAGACUCGUCUUUCAUUGGUGCAACACGAUGAAGAUCGUAGAAAGAAGGUGCUGGAUGAGGCAACGUUAGACUUUCAACAAGGCCAAUCAUGGGAUCAACUACGUUGUUUAUACAAAGGACCAUCAAGGUUGUCCAUCCUGGCAGAGCUCUCUCUCUCUCGUUCCAAUGAGAAGGCAGGGCUUCUCAUUCAGGCUCAUCCAGGACAAGACCCUUUCAAUCUUAAACUAUCACCUCCACCUGUGUUGGAGGAAUGACACCAAAACAAUAGUUUAGCUCUUGAUCAGGAGGACGAGAUGAGCAACAACACUGAACAGGAUGCCUCUUUGUUGUCGACGAUGCAAUAUGCAUCUAGAUAUGCGGCUUAAGAUACCAUUCAUACAUGAUAGAUUUUAAAAACACAACCAUUCCAUACAAACAUUUGUUGAUGUAGACAUCAAGCUUACAUGAUAAAAUAAAUAAGGCAAUUGUAUGAAAGUGUCAUUCUUACAGUAUUUUCAAAUGUGCAAAAGAGCGCAUCAUAUCCUCAAGCAUGCUGUAAGGCAGGGGUCCCCAACUUUCAGGCUCAAAGAUAACCAUCCAUCCAUCACUUUCUAUGCCGCUUAUCCUGAUUAGGGUGGCAGGGGUAUUCUGGAGCCUAUCCCAGCUGACUUCAAUGAUGACAAUUGUAAGUAAAUUUAAGCAUCAUAUUUUAUGUAAAAAAAAAUACUGUUAGAAAUCCAGUUAGAAAUCCCCCAGUUUUUGCAGUUUUUUGCAGUUUUUGUUUUAUGUGUGUCCCACUCUGUUGGACGGUUCUUGAGCACACCAUCUAACUUUGUCCCACGGUGCACGGAUAGACUACUAUACUGUAUUUUUUACCCUUUUUCUUUCACCUCAUAUUUGCUGCCAAAUGCUGAUACUGUGUGGGAAUGCAUAAAGGUAAGAUUUGAUGACCUUAUCGAGUGCUAAUGUGUAUAUUUGUUUUCUGAAAAACAAAGUCCAGGCUGGCGCUGGUGGAUGGUGGCUCAGUAUUCGUUGAUUACUUUUAAUUUGAUGUUGUUCCUGUCUUAAUUUUACACAAUACAUAAUAGCCAGUGACUAGCUAGCGCACUGCUAAUGCUAGCGUUGCUAAUGCUACUUAUAUCCAUGCUCAUCUUCUGUCAUGCUUAGCGAGAGAGCAUGAGCGACAAUCCUUUCUCUGGCAGCCAAGGCUCUCGCGUUGUUUAAGGGGCUGUCCACACAGAAAUGUUUGCGGGUCAAAACGGCAAAGUAUUUUAUGGUUUCAGCCUCUCAUCCACACGGAAACGGCGUUCUGGAUGACAUGAAACAGUAUUUUUGAAAACAGCUUCCAGAGUGGGAAAUCUUCUUGGAUGGUUUGGUGUGUCACGUGGCUUCGUCUGUGUGUCUGUUCAUAGCGCCACACGUAGGUGUGCCUUAUGUAUUGCAUCCUUCAUUCACAACCCUAGAUGCUAGCCAAGUACUGUAUAGCCAAAUGGAUGAAUGAAGACUAGAUCUGAUUUGUUUGGCUUUGUUUUCCUGUCCCAGCUGCUGCGUCCAUGUUCAUUGGAUCACUUCCAUUCUCUUCUGAACUCUCAUAAAAUGUUAUAUUGAAAUAUACUCGCUCAGUUACGUGUUGGCUAGAUUGAGACAUGAUUCAUACUAUAUUGCAACAAACAUGAACAUCUACCAAGCCAGAAUAGCAAAGAUCGUAUUGUACUUAUGGAUGUAACAAUUACCGGUAUUAAUGAUUUUUUUUUUGUUGUUUUACAACUUUAUUUC